UUUUAAGAAUACAUUAUAUACAAAAUUCUAAUUUUAGUUAUUUAAUAGUUUAAUUUAUUAUCAUAAUAUAAAUUAAAAAAAAAAGAAGAGGAUACACAAAUUGUUAUUAAAUAUUUAUUAUUAAAAAUCAUUAAUAGUCAUAUAUACUUUAGUCAUAUUAGUAAAUUUUAUAGUUGCUUUUGUUAACGAAAGAAAGAAUAAUAUUUUCUAGAUUACUAAUUAAUUUUAUGAUUAGAUUAAUAAAAAAUAUAAUAUAUAUUUAGAUGGACCAACCUAAUUUUUUUAAAAAAAUUUAAAAAUCAUUAUAGUAAUGACACAUGACAACACGCAAAUGUUGUAAUGCUUCUCUUUUAAUAUAUAAGAGAUAACUCAGAUUCAAAUAUACUCUAUUUUAUAUUUGAAAUAUUAAUUCACAAAAGAAAAUUUUCUAUAAGUGCUUUUAAAAAAACAAACUGUAGGUCCGUUUGAAGUAAAUAUUCUCACACUUAAAACUUGGGUUUUAAAAUCAUAACUUCUUAUUUUUUUGAAAAAUGCUUAUAUAUCAUUAUCAAAUUCAGUUUCAGAAAAAAUUGUGAAUAACAAGGUUUUAAGUAAUAUAUGAUAUUUACAUUUUAUUUAUAUAUAAUUUGAAAAAAAAAUCUUGAAAGGAUAAUGAGUCAUGUAUUGCUAUUAAAAUCCUUUUAACCAAAUCAUCUAAAUUUAAGUCAUGUACAAUUAAUAAGACAUAUGUAUAAUUUAGCAUGUUUAUAGUUUACUGAUAAAUAAAAUGACUUAUUAAUUGCGCAAAUUAUUAUAUAUAAAUAAUAUAAUUAAUAUAAUAUUUUGUAAAAGAGAAAUAAUAUUCUCGCUCCAUUUUUUAAUAUAAGUUGUUUUACAUUUAUGCACAUAAAUUAAGAAAAUCAUUAAUUUCUUAUAUUUUCUAAACAAAAACAUCAUUAAUUAUUUAUCUAACCACAAUUCAACCAAUAGAAAAAUAUAAGAUAUAUUAUUAUUGGUCAGACAAUAUUAAGUAUUAAUAAAUUUUACAUAGAAAACCGGAAACGACAUAUCAGUUGGAACAAAAAAGUUUCUAUAAAACGACUUAUAUUAAAAACGGAGGGAGUAAUAAAAGUUAUAAUAGUUUGCAUGAAUGAAUUGCAUAGAAUUAUUGCACACCUUUAUUAAUUUAUAUUUAUCUUUUUGAACAUUGUUGCACACCUUUAUUGACCAUUAUAUCUCCAAGAAAUCAAUCAAAUUUUUACCCAAAUCUCAAUGAUCCUUUUCUCUGAAGAAACAAAAUAAUACGGACAGGAGAAUCAGAACAGUAUCAUCGGUAUGCAACUCUGUGUGACUAGUGACUACGAUGUCUGACAGAUGCUCGACCCAUCCAAUUUUAUAAACAUUGCACUACACUCCAAUGACUCAGUGGACUCUGUAAAGAAAAGAAAAUAAAAUAAACGUGUAAUUUCAAGAGUCUAAUUUCAACCAUUCCUCUUGAAAUAUAAUUUUUUUAUUUCCUUUUACGUCAACUAAGUCUUAAUCAUAUGCUGUACGUCUCUUUAGCUCUCUCUCUCUCUCUCUCUCUCUCUCUCUCUCUCUCUCUUUUAGUUAUACUAUAUAAGAGCAUCUCUACAUACUAUAAUCUGUGCGAGAGUGAGUAAAAGUAAUACGGUUCUUGUUUUAGAAAUCCGAUAUAUAAUGAUAACAGAUUCACGUGUUCCUCGUCAAAAAAGUGUCUCAGUGAGUACAAUUUUCAGGUGUCUUUUGGUUUUGAUCAGACGAUCUAUUAAAUUCUCCUAGUCAACCUCUUCAAUCUCCUUUCUUCUUAAUUUUACUAAAGAAAACAUUGUAUUAAAGAGUACUUCUUCCUUUGAUAGGAUCUCUAGCUGGGGUUUCACUUAGUUUUCAUACUAAUAAUAAAUAAAUAAAAUCAAGAAUCAGAGAUGGUGAGAACACCAUGUUGCAAAGAAGAAGGAAUAAAGAAAGGAGCCUGGACUCCUGAAGAAGAUCGAAAGCUUAUUGCUUAUAUUCAACGACAUGGUGAAGGUGGAUGGCGGACUCUCCCGGAAAAAGCUGGAUUGAAGAGAUGCGGAAAGAGUUGUAGACUUAGAUGGGCUAAUUAUCUAAGACCCGAUAUCAAAAGAGGAGAGUUUACUCUUGAAGAAGACGACACUAUUAUCAAACUUCAUGCUCUUAAGGGUAACAAGUGGGCCGCAAUCGCAACUUAUUUGGCUGGACGAACUGAUAACGAGAUUAAAAAUUAUUGGAACACAAAUCUUAAAAAGCGUUUAAAGCAAAAAGGUAUCGAUCCAACCACUCACAAACCGAUCAAGUCAACCGAUCAAACCGGUAUCGAACCAAAAAACCUUAAACUCAGUUCUUCCGGUUCAGCACGGGUUCUUAACCGCGUCGCAAGCAAAUAUGCGGUCGACUUAAACCGGGAUCUUGUAACCGGAAUCAUCAUAGGAAACUCCACAAUCGUCGCCGACGUUUCACAAAACUCCGUCGACGUUGAGAAUUCGACCACGACAUUGCUCAACAAAACGGCAGGUCUGAUGACCAAUACGUCGACUUCUUCCGGUUUCUCCGACAACUGUUCUUUGUCUGAUGAUAUCACCGAGUUCUUUAGCAACGAAGAGAUCUCUGAUAUGUAUACGAAUGUGGAUCAUGUUGGUCUUAUGGAGGAGUUAAAGGGUAUGUUAAGCUACGAAAAUGCCGUCCCCGGAGAGAUUAAGGGUUCGCCGGAGGCUAAUAUAGCUGAUGAAAUGGAGUUUCUUGAUUCUUGGAAUGACGAUCUGGACUUGGAGAAAUUUGUGAGUUCGUUGGAUUCCAGCAUUGGUGUCUUUGUUUGAUGAGUCAAGAGCAAAAUCAAUUACACGUUGGUUUUCUCUUUGAUCAGUGUGAACUGUGAUGGACUGUUGUAUCGCCAAGUGGCGCUGUAGUAACAAGUUAAUAAUGAAAUAAUUAUUUCUCGUAAUUAAUCUAAACUCGUUUACAAUUCUUAUUAUCUUUGAGAAAAUAAAAAUAAAAUUUUGAAAUAA